GACACGCAUCUCGACACAUCCGUCUCGGCUCCGGCACGCCAUUGCCAUUGCCAUCACCCAUCGCCCAUCGUCGCCAUUGCUACCGACAACGACCUCGCCGUCAUCAUCCGAUGCCUCGACUUUUUUAACACCACGCUGGCAACAUGGCGAACCCGGUGGGGGAGGAUAGCUGGGUCGAGUACGUCGACAACCAGCUGCGUGAGGCCACCGACCUUGAGAGCCGCGUGCGCGUCAUCGAGUCCUUCCGCCGCGCCACGCAAGCCGAGCCCGGCAGCCUCAAGGUAUGGAUGGCCUACUGCGAAUACUUCUGGUCGCUCUACACCGACUGCCACCCCGGCAGCGACGCCGGCUGGCCCCAAGAAGAGCAGCAGUUUGGUCGCGAGAAGUUCACCCUCGAUGCCGCUCUCCACCUGUGGCAGGAGGGCUACGAGGCGGUGCAGUACCGCCUCUCCGACAGCCACGAGCUCUGGAACCGAUGGGUGUCGCUCGAGAUGGAGCUGCUGCGGCGCACCGCGACCGAGGCUGGCGUACGCCGCAUCACCCACCUGUUCCGGAACCGUCUGGCCGUCCCCCACGCCGCCUGGGAUGCCACCUCCCAGAUGUUCUCGACCUUCCUCUCCGAAUACAACCGCCAUGCCUACGAAGCCGAGAUGCAGCAGGUGACGAGAAACGCAAAGACAGCCAAGCGGCUCUACGACCUGCGCGAUCCCUGGGAAACGAAGCUCGCUCUCGCCGUCAAGUCACACGAUACCGCCGCGCUCCGAUCGAUCAUGUCCGAGUAUCUCGACUGGGAGAUCCGGCUGACCAAGUCCAAGAAGGACGCGAGGGAUGUCGUCGUCAAUUUCCAGAUCUGCCUCGGCCUGUUUUCCCGAGCUCUGACCGGCGUCCUGGCUUCGGACGAGGACACUUGGCACAACUUUGUGGUCUUGAUCUCCACCACGCACACAGACCUCAAGAACGGCCGCUGCCAUAUUCCCGCCCACUUAGUGCCUAAUAAGCUUGACGUGCUGCAGCGUGCCGUGCGCCACGUACCCUGGUCCGGCGCGAUCUGGGCGCGGUACAUCUUGACAGCCGAAGAGGUUGGCCUGUCAUUCACCGACAUCGAGCGCAUCAAGCACGCCGCCACUGACAGCGCGCAACUGGACAGGGACGGCAUGUCUGGCGUGAUCGAGAUGUACUCGGCCUGGUGCGGCUACCUCAAGCGAUCGGCCAUGAAUCCCUGUGCGACCGAAGAAGCUGUCGAUGUCGCCGAGGUCGGGCUGCCCUCCGCCCUCGAGGAUGUCAAGCAUUGGGGGAGGCGCAAAUAUGGCGAGGCGUACCAGGGCGAUCCCGACUAUCGACUAGAAAGAAUACUGAUCCAGUUCCUGACCGAGCGGAAGGAGGACAUCGAGGGCGCACGCGCAGUGUGGGAAGAGCUAUCGCGCGUCGAGCUUCACGCCAACAACUACGACUUCUGGCUCAAUUGGUAUAUGUGGGAAAUGGUGGUAUUUGCUUCCGCGAGAAGCAAGGCGCGCAGCCCAACCCCCGCAACCAUGGCACAGGGCUUGCGAGUACCUACUUAUGCUACCCGCGUCUUCACGCGAGCGCUCAAGGUGCGGACUGUAGACUGGCCCGAGCGCCUUAUGGAGGUCUAUCUCAAGCACUGCAAUGACUACGAGUUGGCCGAGACCUUACGAGAGGCGCAAGACACCAUCUACAAGACGCGCAAAGGUGUGGCCAAACGCCGUGAGCGGGAGGCUGCCCAGGCGGCACAGGCGGCGCAAGCCGCACAAGCUGCUCAGCAGCAGGCCACACAGAUAGACCAGCCGAUGGCGGAUGCCACCGACGUGGACUCCUCGCCGGGCUCCAAGCGGAAACGCGAGGCCACGCCAGGAGAAGAUGAUAACGGCAAUAAACGGGCCCGGAGCGAGAGCCACGGCGAGGAGCUCAAGCGUGAUCGCGAGAACACGUCGGUCUGGGUGACCAACCUGCCCAAAGAUGCAACGCAGACAAAACUUAAGCAGUUCUUCCGCGGGUACGGCCACAUUAACAACAUUGAGCUUCAGAAACGGGACGAUUCCGCAAUCGCCUUGGUCGAACUGGGUUCGCCGGAGGACGCCAGGUCAGCGCUGGUGCGCGACGCCAAGUAUUUCGGCGACCAUGUCGUCCAGGUGACCCCGGCAACCGACUGUACUCUGUUCGUCACCAAUUACCCUCCCGAGGCUGACGAGCAAUACCUUCGCGACUUGUUCAAGAACUGCGGUGAGAUUUUCAGCAUCCGCUUCCCCAGCCUCAAGUACAACACGAGACGCCGCUUCUGCUACAUUACAUUCCGGGACCGCACCGCGGCGGCGGCAGCCACCCGUCUUGAUGGCAAACCGCUCGAGUCUGGCAAAUACAAACUCACCGCAAAAUUCUCGGAUCCCUUGGCCCGUCAACAACGCCAUGGCGCCCAGGCCGAGGAGCGGGAGCUCCAUAUCGUCAACUUACCGCGCAGCGCCUCCGAGGACGACGUCCGCGGCAUUUUCAACAAGGCAGGCCGUGUCACAAGCGUACGCAUUCCGCGCAACAUGGCCGGGCAAUCGCACGGUACAGCCUUCGUGGUCAUGGAGACAAAGGCCGAGGCGCAGGAGGCUAUCCGGACACUCGACAAGCUCAUCUUUGGCAACCACCCGAUCAAGGUCGAGCUCUCUCGCCCCCCGGCAAACAAGGUGACCGCUACCACCCGGGUGACGGACGGCGUCAUGCGUGAACAAACCGCAUCCCCGUCCCCGGAGCCCUCCAAUCCCCAAUCGCGGCCGACACCCUCGUCCCCGGGUGCGGCGGGAGCCAAACCCACUCCGGCUGAACUCGCUGCCCGCACCAUCGCCGUGCUCAAUGUACCCGAUACCAUGACCGACGCCCGGCUGCGCACCGUGCUCGCUUCGGCCUCUGGUCUCCAAGACCUGACCAAACUGGUGCUGCACCCGCAGCACGGCGGCGCGGUUCUCGAGUAUGCCACCCCCACCGCAGCUGGAAAAGCCGCCCUGGCCGUGGACGGGGUCGAGGUGGGUGAGGGCGGCCGGAAGUUGCGCACCGGCACCGUGGCGGAGCUGUUCAAGGCGAAAGCGGAGAAGAGAGUCGACCGCAUAGAUCUGCCUUCCGCGUCUCGGAGUGCCACGGGGGGGCAGGACGAAAUGCCGAAGAAGAACGCGGCCGCGGCCGGGUUGAUGCCGCCUCCGCCGGCCGUGGUCAGACGGCCUGCCGCAGGGGCGGGGAGAGGCGGGCCGAAAAGGUUGUUGGGCUUCGUGAAGUCGACGGAUGUCACCAAGAAGGCCGAAGGAGAUGCAGAGGGGCUGACCAAUGGGGUGAAGAGCCCGGAGAAGGACCAAGGUGGGAGGAAGAGCAAUGAGGAUUUCAAAAGGAUGUUUUUGGGCGGCAGUGGGGACACCAAUAAUAAGGAUGCGGCUGCUCCCGACAGUGAUGCCCACGCAGACAAGGUUGAAACUAAGGUGGAGGGUUAAUGGGAGCAUGACAGCAUAGGGGGGAAGACCGGCUUCCCCUCCUGCUACUAAGUUAUC